AGCUCAGCAUAGCAGACGCAUGAAGCCAGGCGUUAGCCAUGAAAACAAUCAUUAUCUCCGCUUUCUGCUUCACAUCUAUCAGCUUAGUUGCAUGCCAUGGUAAGAAGCAAGAGUGGAAUGUUUAUGAGACCCUCUGGACAUGGAGCCUGGAUCUAGCGAACAGGACUCUGAAUCUGGAUUUCAUCCGGCACAUGCAAGUCGGGGACCUGCCUGCGGACCGCUAUGUAAACUUCACCAUCCAAGACAUCAAUUACCUGGUUAAGGUGACGGAGAUGCUGCGCAAAGUCAGUAGAUCUGUGACAGAGCCUGCUGACCUGAGUCAGUUCUUCCAGGGCAGAUAUAAAAGCUACAAGAACUUCCGUGACUAUCUUCUGAACACGUAUUUCCUUAAGAGUGCAUCUGACAUCACACCGACACCAGCCAUGAGGAAGUACCUGUCUGACUACGAGACCAUCAUGUACACCAAAGAACCCAUCUACUUUGCUGUGUCUCUCCUACCAUGCUCCCGACUAUGGGGGUGGCUCGCCAACAAAGUAGACAUUACGCAGACCAGUGCUUACUUUGCCUGGAAGAAGGACAACAUGGGCGGCCAUCCUGAGAAGCACUACAAGGAGCUGCUCAACAAACAUCUGAACGUGACCGAUAAAGUAUUAGAGGCUUACCGCAUAUUCCGAAUGCAAAUGCAGAAUGAACACGACUUUUUUGCGUCUUCGUAAAAACAAAGUUUUCCUUCCACAAUUGAACUGGCUGUGGUGCUGAACUCAUGUCCCACUUAAUGUGCUGGCAAAGUUCAGAUUACUAAAAAAAAAAUAUGGAGGUUAUGAUAAUGUGAUCAUAGUGUUGCCCUUUCGGUAGGCUAUUUCACAAGUCUACCAUGUAACUAAAAGUUAUUUUUUACAUUUAAAGCAGUGCUAAAGCACUUUUCCUCUGUCACACACAGGCUAUUUGUUUAUCCAGCACAUAAUGAUGUCCACAGACAAGGUUGAGUAUGUUGCAAGAUUUUAUGAAAGUAUGAUGUAUUGUAUGUCAAAUUUGUAGUUUCUUAUGUCUCAUUCCAUCGAACUACAGAUCCGCUACCUGUAAGUGUGUGCAGAAGUGCUGUUCACCCUGUUACGA